AGCGGCGGAGCAGCGGGAUCGGUCAACAAGGUACUCGGGGGACUCUGUGCGAAAGGAAGGACACAGCAGUAGCUUAGAGGUAUCUGGAGAGCUGUGAGGAAGCGAGCUUAGCCUGCUGCAGGUGUCGCACGAGACUCGGCAAGAGACGCGAGGGGUUCCUGGAUCGUAUUUCGUGCAGCUUACAGGGGGCGUGGAACCGUGCAGUGAACUGUACACUUUUCGUACCCCCAUAGAUUUGGUCGUGUAGUAUGCAAGAGGCAGUUUACAGGGGGUGAUCGAACCGUGCGAGUAACCAUGCAUUUUUUUGACACGGUUCGUCCUAUAGGGUUUGAACCGUGCCGGAACCGUGCUUUAGUAUUUUCAAGUAGUCUUGCACAGUUCGAGCACGGUUGGCGGUGUCGCAAAAACAGUUAUUCAGACGGUGAAAUACAAGCAUCUUCAACACACACUAUUUAGGGUAUACGAACAUGUUGGGCUUGUGCCACGGAGAAGUAGUGUUAUUGCCGUGAACAGUAAGCAAUAGAGGUUGUACUGGAGCAUCAGUAACCAAGCGUGACACAACAAAGCGCUCCAACAACCUAAAGUGCGCUUGCUCAACAGGUCGUACACAUGCUACUCGGAAGCAACCUCUUCCAACCACCGAAAGGGUUUCUCGGGUUCGCGCUAGUGGAAUGCGGAGCAGCCCGCAGCACGGGGUGCGCAUCGCGAUUGAUUGAGGACGAGAGGUGCAGGGUGCAAGCACUUCAGCAGUGUGACCACGAGCGUUUCUGCCUCCCGCCGUGGGCACAUCUCCGAGUGCUCGAGAACGCUAUUGUGAAAGCAGUCGAGGCGGGAGCGGAAGGCCUUACCAGCAGCGGCAGCUGCGCACGAUUGGCUUCCGGGCGUGGUCAGGAGUGCCUGCGGUUGCUGACAAGCUACGCCCAACAACACCUACAAGACGGAGAGUGGCGGCGGAUUCUGCGACUGGCGAUUGUGAAGGGCGACGAGGGGCCCAUAUGCGCCAUUCUUCAAGUCUGCCCAAAGCUCUUGUUACAGUCUAGAAGUGCAGGCAUGGGGUGGUUUGGGGAUUCCAAAGCCACACGGAAGGCGAAGUCCUUGAGACAAGAUCUCCGGGGGAAGCACUUCAUCGUCACUGGAGCCAACACUGGAUUGGGGUAUGUUACCGCUCGGGAGCUCGCGAAGAUGGGGGCGAAGGUGACACUGGCUUGCCGCAGCGCGGAGAGGGGGCAACAGGCGAUCGACAAGAUGAAAGCGGAGGCACUGGAGAAACCUGUUAAAGAGGGCGUGGACCUUCUCGACGGGCUGACCGAAGUCGACGUGCGGUUGGAGGUCCUGGACCUGGGGUCCCUGCAGUCCGUAGUCGCCUUCGCCCAGAGGUUCAAGGCCUCGGGCACCAAGGUCGACGUCCUCGUCAACAACGCCGGGAUCUUCGGCGUCCCAAAUCGUCGAGAGACCGCGGACGGCCUCGAGAUGCAGAUCGGCGUGAACCACUUCGGCGGGCACCUGCUGACGAGGCUGAUGGAGCCCUCGAUGAACGACGGCGGUCGAGUGCUGUUCCUCUCCUCCCUGGCGCACAGCCGGCCGCCGGGGAUGCCGAAGACGACCUGGGACUGGGACAACGUAAACUUCGACAAGCCGAAGACCUACGACCGGCUGUCCGCCUACUGCAGGUCCAAGCUCGCCAACAUCUGGGACGCCAAGGAGUUCGCCAAGCGCCUGGCGGCCCGGAGCAUCAACACCUACGCCGUCCAGCCCGGGCUGGUCAAGACGGAAAUCCACAGAGGCAUCGGGGGGGGCAAGCUGAUGAUGCCGAUCGUUAACGCCGGGUACGUCGCGUUGGGGUGGGUGUGGCUCAAGGGGCCGCUGGACGGGGCCUUGACCACCGUCCGGUGCGCGGUGGACCCGUCCCUGGCCGGCCCUGAGCUCUCGGGCAAGUACUGGGGCAACAUGAAGGAGGAGACGCCUUCGGAGCUGGCGCUGGAUCCCGCCAACCCGCCCCGGCUGUGGGAGGUCACGGAGUCCGUGCUGGAGGAAAAGCUCGGCAAGAGAGUUGACGAUGUUGUUCCCUGA